GGGGAGAUGUUUGGUAAGGAACUUGUUUAGGAACGUCGUCGUCUCAAUCAAGCUAAAUCCAGUUAGCCCUCGAAAAAGAGUCAAUCCAGUUCGAAACUGGACUGGCAGAAGAGACCACCAUGGCUUUGCGACAACUUCAACGGAUCUUAGUCCCGGGUUUGGAGCGGCUUAUGCCCGUGGCUUGGGCUUCCACAACCUCAUCCCAUGGGCAAAGUGGGGCCCAACCCGCCGCUCAAUCCGCCACUCCGCCCAAGGUGGAUUUUGACUGGACGGAUGCCCUCAAUUUGGAGUCCCGUCUAACCGACGAAGAAGUGAUGGUGCGUGAUGCGCUCCAUGAUUAUUGCCAAGAGAAGCUCCUACCCCGUGUCAUGAUGGCCAAUCGAAAUGAGACCUUCCAUCGGGAGAUUAUGAGCGAAUUCGGCGCUUUGGGGGCCUUGGGUCCUACCAUUCACGGCUACGGUUGUCCCGGCGUGUCCUCGGUGGCUUAUGGACUGAUUUCCCGAGAGGUGGAGCGCGUGGAUUCAUCCUAUCGUUCCGCCAUGUCCGUCCAAUCCUCACUGGUUAUGUAUCCGAUCUACGAUUUUGGCACUGAAGCCCAGAAGGAGAAGUUCCUGCCCAAAUUGGCCACGGGCGAGCUGGUGGGCUGUUUUGGCCUGACCGAGCCCAAUCACGGCUCGGAUCCCGCGGGCAUGGAGACGAAAGCUCGUUAUGAACCUUCGGAAGGGGUCUACAUUUUAAGUGGCAGUAAGAACUGGAUUACAAAUUCGCCCAUUGCCGACGUUUACAUGAUUUGGGCUCGCACGGACGACGGCAUCCGGGGAUUUAUCCUCGAGAAAGGCAUGAAAGGCCUCUCCGCCCCCAAGAUUGAGGGCAAGUUUUCGCUUCGAGCCUCCACCACGGGUAUGAUCUUCAUGGAUGAUGUGGUCGUGCCCGAGGCUAAUAUGCUACCUAAAGUCAAAGGUCUGCGCGGACCAUUUAGUUGCCUGAAUAACGCCCGUUAUGGUAUUUCGUGGGGCGUUUUGGGUGCGGCUGAAUUCUGUCUAGCUUCUGCCCGUCAAUAUACCCUGGAUCGGAAACAGUUUGGCAAACCCCUGGCCGCUAACCAACUGAUUCAGAAGAAAAUGGCGGAUGCUUUGACCGAAAUCAACUUGGGUUUACACUCGUGUCUCCAGCUAGGACGGUUGAAAGAUGAAGGGAAAUUGGUACCAGAGAUGAUCUCAAUCUUGAAGCGAAAUAAUUGUGGGAAGUCAUUGGAGAUUGCUCGCAAUUGUCGGGACAUGCUCGGCGGCAACGGAAUCUCGGAUGAAUAUCACAUCAUUCGACAUGUCAUGAACCUGGAGGCUGUCAACACAUACGAAGGAACCCACGAUAUUCACGCCUUGAUCGUGGGUCGCGGGAUCACUGGAUUGGAGGCCUUUACUGGAAAAUAUGAACCAUAAAUCCAUACAUGAAGAAUAUUAUUGAACCCCAAUGUAUAUUUUUCUACCUUGAACAAUAUAAAGUCGGACCAUCAUCA